ACUGACAUGCAGCCUCAACAUUAUCAUUGAGCUCGCCAUGAAAUUACGGCCUGCAGAGGUACGCUGAAGAGGUCCUGCAGCCUCGAGGAUUUUGUCUUUAAAGGGCUAGGGCGAUGAUAACGCUGGUGGCUCUAAAUUUACUUUGGCUGAUGAGAACAGACCAUAGAAAAUACGAAAAUCACCGUAGCACAUUAUCAUGGACAGCAGCAUUAAUGCAAGACCUAUACGGAUUCCUAAUUCUCUUUUCCCAGUCUUCCUUCUAACACUCGCAGCAUUCGUACUUCUGUUAUUUACUACAUUUUCUGUUCCCCUUAUCUCAUCCUUCUACUUUAUCGAUGCUGGAGUCCCAAUAGGUGUUCGAUUUGGCAUUUGGGGCUGGUGCUAUGACUCUGGAGGAUCUUGUACAAGUCCAUUAAAGAUUGGAUACAGUUUUGAUCCCCAGAUAGUGGAACCAUUGACGAUAGCACUUGUGUUUUAUCCUAUAUCGACCAUACUAUCUCUUUUUGCCACACUAUCUCUUAUUCCUCUCCUCUGUGGUAUUCCAGCUCGACAAUAUCGCUUUAGUGUGUUCUCUGUACUUUCGCUACUUUCUUUUUUCACGUCUGCCAUCGCCUUUAUCUUCAUGAUCGGCCUUUGGGGGACAGCUGUGACACGCUUCAGAAAUGCUCACAUCGACGUCUCGUUCGGACCACUGCCAUGGAUGUCUCUUGCCGCCAGCAUCAUUCUUCUACUUGUCACUAUCAGUUCGGGCUGUGGUGCGCUCUAUCCAAGGCAGUGAAGACAUAAUGUUUUCGUGUGCUAUGUAAAAGUUCGCUAGCAUAGUCGAAAAUAUCAUCCGAGGAAACGAACUUAAAAUCGUACUUGUUCAAGACCCUU